GAUUCCAAAUAUAUACCGUUAAUUGUUCGAUGGAUCAUUCACCAGAUGACUCUGCGAACGAUCCCGCAUGUGUUGCCAGAAGUCGAAAGAACUUUUCAUCCCGUAUUAUAAGCCGAUUGUCAAGGUAAUGUUUCAUCUCCGAGUUCAGAGAUUGUUUGUGUUCUAAUGAAAAUCGUCUAUUUCAACAGAAUAAUGAAGCAUGCCCUAAAGACUAAGACAGAGAGAGUUAAUAAAUCUCUGCUAUGUGCCUUAUACCUAUGGAAUAUUUGGAAUCAAAGCAACUGCAUCAUUACUGUUUCGGCUCAGUGUGAAAAUGGCUUCGAAAUGUCUUGUUUGUGGACACACAGCGAGAAAUCUGCAUUGAGAUUCACCUCUAAAUUUGAAUCUGGUGAGCGUUACAUCGAGCUGACCAACUGUGAUCACCCGGACUGUGGCUUAGCAGUGAUUCAGAGUCCAUGGCUGAGGGCCAGGGCAAAGGAACAGUGGACAACCCUCCACUACAAAGUAUACGGUUAUUCCUCUGUGUACCUCAGGCUAUACAUGAUGACAGAAGGAUCGGCUCAGCAACUCCUCUUUUCCAAAGCGGGAAAUUACGCUUACGAGUUUCCGAAGACCUGGUCCUCAAAGCCCAUCAGGAUUCCAGCUUCUCAAUCCAGGCACAGAAUGCUUCUAAAAGCUUAUACUCCUUACAAAGAAGCUCUUGUUGCCGUACGAGAUAUAAAUUUGGAUGGUAGCGUCAUUUUCGGAAGUACAACCACUGCGUUUUACGAUACAGAUGACACCAAAAGUAUUCCAGAUGAGUACAGCUUUGGAAGUGAAGAAAUUGAGAAAGAUAAACAAGAUUUUGAGUAUGAUGAAGAUGAUGAUGAACCAGAUGAUAAACCAGAAAAGCUAUCAUUAGAAGCUAUUGACUUUGUUACAGAAGAAGACUUGAUACUUGGGUGCACAAUAGGUAAGCGAGCUUUGUGUAUUUUCAUGCACAGUCUUUCCUUGAUUACAAGAAUUUAUGGAACAAAAAUUAAUAUGGCAUGUGCUUCUUGUUUCGAUACAUUGUAA